AUUCAAACUUGACUCACUAAAAACUUUAGAACCCCAACCCAAUUGAAUUGAGAAAGAUCAGAUUUGUGACCCGACUGCACAUUUGCCACCUCCGAACACUUGCUUCUCUCUCCUCUUCUUCCUCGUUCAACCGCUGCUUCCAUCUUCUGGGAAAAUGAUUCAGUUCGUGGUUCUUAUUAAUCGACAAGGGAAAGUGAGGUUGACGAAAUGGUAUUCACCUUAUGCUCAGAAGGAACGAACAAAGAUUGUUCGCGAACUGAGUGGAUUGGUUCUCUCUCGGGGUCCAAAGCUCUGUAACUUUGUAGAUUGGAAAGGUUUAAAGGUUGUUUACAGAAGGUAUGCAAGUUUGUAUUUCUGCAUGUGCAUUGAUCAGAAUGACAACGAACUAGAAGUUCUUGAAAUUAUCCAUCACUUUGUUGAGAUUCUGGACCGCUAUUUUGGAAGUGUUUGUGAAUUGGAUUUGAUCUUCAACUUUCACAAGGCAUAUUAUAUACUUGACGAGAUUUUGAUUGCUGGAGAGUUGCAAGAAUCAAGCAAGAAAACAGUUGCCCGCCUGAUUGCCGCACAGGAUUCACUGGUCGAGGCUGCAAAAGAGCAAGAAAGUUCUAUCAGUAAUAUAAUUGCACAGGCCACAAAGUAGGCUGCUGUCACCCGCUGAGUUUCAUAUUCGAUUAUCACCUCUAUACCUGGCCAAGUUCUAGUGAAGUUGUAAUCAAUUUUUUUAUAAUGAAAAUAUCUCUUUAUUCUCCUUAUAGUGUAUUGUUGCAGUUUCCAAAAUUACUACAAUGUCUAGAUGGUUCUUGUUAUUAUUUUUGUAUCCAUUGUAUUUUGUUACUGUUUUAAAUGUUCUUAUACAGGUGUUUUGUCAUUGUAUUGUUACAUAUGCCUGCAAUAAUACUCUAUUAUACUGAGUUUUGUUGCAA